GCGCAACCCGGGCUCUGGAUUCACCGACGGCGGGUGCACCGAUGGACGGCCGGCGGCGCAGCGCAGCACAGAGCACCGGGCCUGAGGACACAGAGGGCCCUCACAUUCAGGUGCACAGACAGCAUCGUGGCCCCUAGCACCUCUGUUUCUCCUGGGCCUCUCAAGACAUGAUGCUGCUCCAGGAGUCUGCAGGAGCAUGGCUGGCAUUGGCCCUGGUCACAGCCCUGACUCUAAGCCCGGGCAUGGCAGUCCCGUAUCAGGACUGCACAGGCGCGGAGUGCCCACCCCUGGAGAACUGCAUCGAGGAGGCACUGGAGCCAGGAGCCUGCUGUGCCACCUGUGUGCAGCAGGGCUGUGCCUGUGAAGGCUACCAGUACUACGACUGCGUCGUACAUGGAGGUUUCGCGGAUGGCCGUGUGCCUGCCGGCCAGUCCUACUUUGUGGACUUCGGUAGCACCGAGUGCUCCUGCCCGCCGGGGGGCGGCAAGAUCACCUGCCAGUUUAUGCUGUGUCCUGAGCUGCCACCCAACUGCAUCGAGGCUGUGGAGGUAGCUGACAGCUGUCCUCAGUGUGGCCAGGUGGGCUGUGUCCACAGUGGCCGUAAGUAUGCCGCUGGCCACACCGUCCACCUCUCGCCCUGCCGGGCCUGCCACUGCCCGGAUGCUGGCGGUGAGCUCAUUUGCUACCAGCUCCCUGGUUGCCAAGGGAACUUCUCAGAUGCAGAGGAGGGUGACUCUGAGCGACAGUACGAAGACCCCUACAGCUAUGACCAGGAGGUGGCCGAGGCAGAAACCACCGUGGCCACGGUGAACGAGAUCCAGGCAGGUGCAGAGGGCCCCCCAGCUGCUCUGGGAGGUGGGAACUUGCCACCGUCCUCCUUCAGAGCAACUCCCAGGCCAGCUGCCCUCCCCAGACCCACAGCAGCUGCUGCCCUGGGUCCCCCAGCUCCCAUGCAGGCCAAAGCCAGGAGAGUGACACUGGACAUGGAUGAGGAAGAGGAGGAGCAAGUGGAGGAGAUGGAAGCCACUGAGCCACCAGCAGCAGGUGGCCCUGGGAGGCUGAACAGCUUGCCUGCCACACCCCCGGCCAUCCCUGACCUCCCUGGCCGAGAGAAGGAGGCUGAAGCCAAGGCAGGGCUGGAAGAGAACUUUAUUCCUGAUGUCCAGGCCACUCCUCCCAGCGCAGGGCCGGAGAGGGCUGCACCCCUGCCUAGGUUAGGCCCGGCUGGUCUCAUUCCGUCUCUGACCACAGUCAGCUCUCCUGGGGACCCAGUGAAGUCCAGCAGCCACCCCAUCCUAUCCACACGGCCGCCUGACAGAGCCCAGGUCACACCCUCCCCAGAGGUGCCUGAAGAACUACCCCUCCAUCCGCGGUCGCGACCUCCAUCCCAGGCAGAAGAGGACACGGACCCCAACUCAGUACAUUCUGUCCCCAGAGGUGGUCCUGAUGGAUCCACCAAAGACCUGAUUGAGACAUGCUGCGCAGCUGGCCAGCAGUGGGCCAUUGACAACGAUGAGUGCCAGGAGAUCCCCGAGAAUGGCGCUGACAGCGAUGUCUGCAGGAUAGCCCAGAGGCACUGCUGUGUCUCCUACUUGAAGGAGAAGAGCUGCAUGGCUGGCAUUGUGGGGGCCAAGGAAGGUGAAGCCUGUGGAGCCGAGGACAACGAUACCUGUGGCGUCUCCCUGUACAAGCAAUGCUGUGACUGCUGUGGCCUGGGACUCCGUGUGCGGGCCGAGGGCCAGUCGUGCGAAUCCAACCCCAACCUGGGCUAUCCCUGCAACCAUGUCAUGCUCUCCUGCUGUGAAGGCGAAGACCCCCUCAUAGUGCCUGAGGUCCGUCGGCCGCCAGAGCCUGAGGCCACCCCGCGUAGAGUUUCAGAGGCGGAGAUGGCAAGCCGGGAGGCCCUGUCACUGGGCACAGAGGCUGAACUGCCCAAUAGCCUGCCCGGAGAUGACCAGGACGAGUGCCUGCUGCUCCCCGGGGAACUUUGCCAGCAUCUUUGCAUCAAUACCGUGGGCUCCUACCGCUGUGCCUGCUUCCCUGGAUUCGAGCUGCAGGGUGACGGCCGUACCUGCCGCCCAGAUGGAGGCGCGCCACGGUUGGACGCCGCCGCAAGGGAGUCUGCCCCGAGGAGGUCUGAGUCUGCCCCGAGGAGGGCUGAGUCUGCCCCGAGGAGGUCUGAGUCUGCCCCGAGGAGGGCUGAGUCUGCCCCGAGGAGGUCUGAGUCUGCCCCGAGGAGGGCUGAGUCUGCCCUGAGGAGGUCUGAGUCUGCCCUGGGGAGGUCUGAGUCUGCCCAAGUGUCCCCCAACACCAUCCCCCUGCCUGUGCCACAGCCCAACACCUGCAAAGACAAUGGACCCUGCCAGCAGGUGUGCCGUGUUGUUGGAGGCACAGCCAUGUGCUCCUGCUUCCCUGGCUACGCCAUCAUGGCGGAUGGCCUGUCCUGUGAAGACCAAGACGAGUGCUUGAUGGGCACUCACGAUUGUAGCUGGCAACAGUUCUGUGUGAACACUCUGGGAUCCUUCUACUGUGUCAACCACACAGUGAUCUGUGCAGAGGGCUAUAUCCUCAACGCACAUAGGAAGUGUGUGGACAUCAACGAGUGCGUGACGGACCUGCACACGUGCACCAGGGACGAGCACUGUGUGAACACGCCGGGCUCCUUCCGGUGCUACAAGGCACUCACCUGUGAGCCAGGCUAUGUGCUCACAGACGGCGAGUGCACAGACGUGGACGAGUGUGUGACAGGCACACACAACUGCCAGCCAGGCUUCUCGUGCCAGAACACCAAAGGCUCCUUCUACUGCCAGGCCCGGCAGCGCUGCAUGGACGGCUUCUUGCAGGACCCUGAGGGCAACUGUGUGGACAUCAACGAAUGCACAUCAUUACUGGAGCCCUGCCGCGCAGGAUUCAGCUGCGUCAACACAGUGGGCUCCUACACAUGCCAGAGGAUCCCACUGAACUGCAGGCAUGGUUACCAUGCCAAUGAGGAUGGCUCCGAAUGCGUGGAUGUGAAUGAGUGUGAAACAGGUGUGCACCGCUGUGGCGAGGGCCAGCUGUGCCACAACCUCCCUGGAUCCUACCGCUGUGACUGCAAGCCUGGCUUCCAGAGGGAUGCAUUUGGCAGGACCUGCAUCGAUGUGAACGAAUGCUGGGUCUCACCGGGGCGCCUGUGCCAGCACACCUGUGAGAACACACCCGGCUCCUACCGCUGCUCCUGUGCCGCUGGCUUCCUUUUGGCCGCAGACGGAAAGCAUUGUGAAGAUAUGAAUGAGUGUGAGAACCAGCGCUGCAGCCAGGAGUGCGCCAACAUCUAUGGCUCCUAUCAGUGCUACUGUCGCCAGGGCUACCAGCUGGCAGAGGAUGGGCAUAGCUGCACAGACAUCGACGAGUGUGCACAGGGCGCUGGCAUUCUCUGCACCUUCCGCUGUGUCAACGUGCCCGGGAGUUACCAGUGUGCAUGCCCAGAGCAGGGCUACACGAUGAUGGCCAAUGGGAGGUCCUGCAAGGACCUGGAUGAGUGUGCACUGGGUACCCACAACUGCUCUGAGGCUGAGACCUGCUACAACAUCCAGGGCAGUUUCCGCUGCCUGCGCUUCGAGUGCCCACCAAACUAUGUCCGUGUCUCGGAAAUGAAAUGUGAGCGCACCACAUGCCAGGAUAUCACGGAGUGCCAGACCUCGCCGGCUCGCAUCACACAUUACCAGCUCAAUUUCCAGACUGGCCUACUGGUACCCGCACACAUCUUCCGCAUCGGCCCUGCUCCCGCCUUCGCUGGGGACACCAUCUCCCUGACCAUCACCAAGGGCAACGAGGAGGGCUACUUUGUCACAAGCAGACUCAAUGCCUACACUGGUGUGGUAUCCCUGCAGAGGUCUGUCCUGGAGCCACGGGACUUUGCCCUGGAUGUAGAGAUGAAGCUGUGGCGGCAAGGCUCUGUCACUACCUUCCUGGCCAAGAUGUACAUCUUCUUCACCACAUUUGCCCCGUGAGGUGCCCAUCCCUCCAGGUGGCAUCCGGGCAGUGGUGCCACUCCGGAGUGGCUUUUGCUGUGACUCUGUAACUUAACAUAAUCAUGCUGAUAUGGUUGGUCUUGAGUCUUUGCCGUGGAAGGAAGGGGAUGUACCCCAGCAGGCGAUGGGUACAGGUCAAGGUCACCCAAGGCUGGAUGGUGGCCCACAGACUGGACACAGCCACAGGGGCUUCAGAGCUCCACCCCACGACUAUGGCUAAAGAUGACAUUUCAUUCCCACUUCCACUGUGUUCUUCAACUAAAAAACAAAAGAACAACAAACCAACAAAAUAAAAAAAAAAAGCCCAG